AUGACCAGCCCGCACGCUACAAUAAACUUUCCAGGCAAUCACAAUCAAGGCUCGCAGGUAGGGGUAAACUCUGGAAAUAUCAAUAACUACUACGGCGGCGUGCCGGAACAACAGGCAAAGAGGGAGCCCUUCUCUACUGUCCCCUUCAACCAAGACCCGCAUUUUGUCGAUCGCGGCGACACUCUUGAGCAGAUCCACGAGAAGUGCUCUUAUCCAGCUGCUCGCGUAGCUCUUGUUGGCCUGGGAGGUGUAGGCAAGUCCCAGCUUGCCAUCCAAUACUCCUACCAAGUGCGCAGGAGUUCCCCGCAGACCUGGGUGUUUUGGGUGCACGCGAGCACCGGAGCCAGAUUCGAAGAAGGAUACAAGCUCAUCGCAGACAGGCUUGAGCUUCCUGGCCGAGAUGGUGCUCAGGUCAACAUACUUCAGCUGGUCAGCAACUGGCUCUGUGAUGAGAGAAAUGGUCGAUGGGUGAUGAUCGUGGAUAACGCUGAUGGCGCCGCUACCUUUUUCAACCAGACUGCGGGACAGCUAGUCGGUCAACCUGGCAGACAAUCCAGAACGCCACCGUCACUGGCGACCUUUCUCCCUCAAACUCAGAACGGCUGCAUCCUCUUCACAUCCCGGAGCGGAGAUGUGGCUUUCAAACUAACUGGCAGUCGCAAGAAUAUUAUUAAGGUUGGGCUGAUAGACCAAGGGUAG